UAUUAUUAUUAUCAUCACUAUUGUAGAGGGAGAGGCUAGCUAAAGGCUAAGAGCCUCACCUAACAGAAGGAAAACUCUUGCAGACUGGAAAGAGAGAGUUUGAGACACAGAAACUGAGAGAUCAUGGAGGAGGAACUGGUGCUGCAAAACCUAUUCAAUGGCGAUCGAGAAGCGCAGAUUGAGGCCGCCACUGAACUCGGUAAAUUGAAUAGCAAGCAAAGGCACAAGUUGGCUGAGAGAGGUGUUAUGGUUCCAUUGAUAUCAAUGCUUCAUUCGCCAGAUGUUGAAGCCAUUAAAGCUGCUCUGUUUUCUCUGCUUAGUCUUGCCUUUGGCAGUGAAAGGAACAAGAGCAUGAUUGUGAAAUCCGGGGCUUUACCGGUGUUGCUGAACCUCCUUCGGUGCGAAAGCGAGGCACUGAUUGAGCUCACAAUAGCAGCUUUGUUGAUUCUCUCAUCUUGCAAGACAAACAAGUCAGCAAUUGCCAAAUCUGGAGCCAUCCAACUCAUGGUUGAAAUUCUCAACAUGAACAACGUGAUUAUUAGUAUGCAAGCCAGACUCGAUGCCAUAGCCGCACUCCACAACCUCUCAACCUGCCAUCAGAUUGUACCUUAUUUGGUCUCUUGUGGCGUAAUAUUUUCCUUGCUGCAAAUAAUCCAGUACAGCUUGGAAAAACCAGGCCAGCUGGUUGACAAGGCAAUUGCACUGCUUGACGACAUCAUUUUUUCAUCGAAGAACGCACUCAAGGAAGCUGCUGCUACGCAUGGCGCGAUUAGGGCACUGGUUGAGAUAAUUGAAGAGGGGUCAAUGGAGCGCAAGGAGCAUGCAGUGAGAAUACUCCUACUUAUAUGCCAGAGCUGCAGAGAAAUAUACAGAGGAUUGAUACUCAAGGAAGGAGCAAUGCCUGGACUGCUUCAGCUGAGCGUGGACGGAACAUGGAAGGCUAAAACUAUGGCACGGGAGUUGCUGUUUCUAUUGAGAGACUGGUCAGGCUCAGGUUAUGGUUCGAGCAACCAGCAGUCGAGGAAUAGGGUCAUAGAACAGAUUAUGCAAGAAAUUGAUGCAGAAGAAGAGAGAGUUGUGGGGACAAGUACAACAGCGUUAAGGCUGGUGGAGGAGAUGCUUGCAAAGCUCAGUGGUAUACCAUGAUCUCGACCAACUAUUUAUGAUUAUCAAAUUAUACGAGUUUUGGUCCUGUAGGCUGUAGGUAGACUUACUCAUUGCGUCAUUGUGAAAAUGGUGCCCUCUCUUCGUAAAUAGAAUUGGCUUUCAGAACC